UACAACACACUUUUUUUUCAGUAAUUGGUAUAAGAUUUCAGAAAUGAGUAUCAAGAAGACAUCGACCAUUAUCAAAUAUGAAAUAUAUGUGUGAAAUCAUCUCGAAUCAACCGCCAUGAAGCCGCAUAUUAAACGGUGACCUAUUCUUUUAAUUUCUAAAUGCUGCAGGUUAGAAAAUUUCGAAUAUUCGGUGAACAAAAAUGAGUUUAUACAGUGUAUGCAAAACGGAUAAUAAUUUAAAUCAAAUAAAUGAUUACUGUGAUUGGUUGGAUGACACGAACAAAUUAGAUGAUUCGAUUACACGACCUAGAGAUGAUAAACCACCAUAUAGUUAUGCCAGUUUGAUACGACUUGCAAUUAGUAAUGCUCCAAAUGGUAAAAUGACUUUAUCGGAAAUAUAUCAAUUUAUUAUACAUACGUUCCCAUAUUAUCGAGAUGCUGGUACAGGGUGGAAGAAUUCAAUUCGCCAUAAUUUGUCGUUAAAUAAAUGUUUUAGUAAAGUAGCUAGAAGUAAAGAUGAUCCUGGUAAGGGGAGUUACUGGGCAAUUGAUUAUAAUUAUAAUCAAGAAGAUUCCUUUGUACGAAAACGAAAAUGUAAUUCAGCAUUUCGGAAUGUUCCAUAUAGUCCACAAAGUAAUGAAAAUAGUCGUAGCGAUUGGAAUAUAUAUCCAACAAAAAUCACCGAUACAUCUGAUGAUACAACCCAAACAUCUACGUCAUACAUGCAGCAACAAACUUCCAAACCGGCCAACAAUAAUGAAUCGGACAUAGAAUUAUGUCAACGUAUUGGUUUAACCAACAAAGAAGAAUUCCAUAACGUAUUAACUCAAUUAUUAGAACAAUGUAAUGAAGAUAAUAUAAUCAAUAAUAAUAAUAAUAAUAAUAAUCAUACAGAAAGUACAAAUAUACAAGAGUCAAAUAAUAUAAAUUGUGUUCGAACUUCAUCAGAGUUCAUUUAUGAUGAUCCAUUACAACAAAAUAAUGAGAAUCAUAUAAUUAAUAAAGAAUGUAAUUUUUUAGAUAUAUCAUGUAGUAAAAUCGUUUAUUUAAAAUAG